UCGCAAGACGCCAUGCACAGCGACGAGAUCGACGCUUCCAAGCCGUAUGCAUGCGACGUGACGGUCGAAGACGUGCGCAUCACGACCAAGGCCGAGUACCAAGUGGUCGUGCGCGUGAGCUUCUUCUCGGAGCGGACGCGGUCCCGCUGCACGAGCACAUGGAGCGUGUGGCGGACCUUCUCGAUGUUCCGGUCGCUCGACCAGCAGCUCCGGAAGCGCAAUGCGAACCACAUGAAGGGCAUCAAGUUCCCGUCCCUGCAUCGGCGCCGAACGUUCUUCCGCACGCACUUGCAGCCGUCGUUUCUGGACGCGCGCCGCGUCGAGCUCGAGGCGUACAUGAAGCUUGUGGUGCAGUCGCCCGACGUCGUCGCGUUCCACGUCACGUCGAUCGAGUCGCAGUCGCUCAAAACGUUUGUCGCCUACGUCAAUGGCUUUGGCCAAAACAUCACGGAACAGCCGCGCUCUGCCGAUGGUAGGGCCGGCGGCGGCAUGUUCCAGCGCCCUAAACCCAACGUAGCCUCGAUGAGCCUCUCGGCCAACUACCGCUGGUCAGGCACAGGCUUUCUGGGUGGGAACCAGCUCAAGCCCGAUAUGAACCGCGCAAACGACUCGUUCGUGCCCAUCAACCCGCAGCAGUUCAACCAGAGCUUCAUGCAGCGCCAGAGCAUCGCCGGCGCGUCCGCGGGCUUUGUCCCGCCGCCCUCGGCCCGGUCGUCGGUCGGCGGUACCAGCGCCGCGCCUUUGAUUGCAGCGCUCGAGUCGGCCCGCGCCAACGACAGUUUGCACAAGGUGCCCGAAGACCCGAAUGAAAAGUUGACGGCCGUGACUGUGCCCGCGCACGUGAACCCGAUCGUCGAGAAGGAGCGCGGCAAGAUGGAGCUCGAGCUUCGCGCCGCGGGGCUGCAAGGCGUCGGCAUGCCGCCGGACGGGUCGUGCUUCCUCCACUGCCUCGUGUACGAGCUCUUCCCGAUGAAAUGGGAGUGCUUUCUCGAGUACCCGGCCACCAUGUCGAUGGUCAACGUCGGGUCGGCGGACGGCGUAGCCCCGCGCCGCAUGGCAGCUGCCGCCAAGAUGCGCACGGAGCUGAGUCGCUUUGCGCUCGAGCACGUCGACGCGCUCAGUGCGUUCCUCAUGACGCCGGUCGACGAGCUCACGACGCGGUACCAAACGUUUGGCGACUGCAUCGACGAACAGGCCACCGUCGCCGAGCUCUACGCAGCUGCCACGAUGUUGAACCUCGAGAUCGUCUUGAUUACGAACGACACGGCGUUCCAGAUCGAUCCGGUGCUGCCAUUGCCCGACGUGCCGUCGGUCCGCGAGGCCGGCAGCAGCCGCCACACACUCACGCUCGGCUACAUGACGCCGACGGCCGAGAACGGCGGCCACUACAUUGGCACGCGCACGAUCCAGCUCACGAGCAAUUCGUUUGCCGGGGGCUUCUUCUCCAACUCGGCGCGGAAUUCGUCGGUCGCGAGCCGCCUCAGCGCGCAGCGGGCGUCGUUGCAGCCGCACCCGCCGCUCACCGCAGCUCAAGCUGCGACAUAG